AUGGCUAUACUCCGACUCCAGGAUCGUAUGGAAAGAACUGAGGCUGGAAUGAGAGCCUUGACAAGCCGAUGCGAUGCUCAAGACCAAUGGCACGACCUGCUAGUUGAGAUGUUACAUAGACAGGAGAUGAUCUUGGCGGAUAUGCUCAGUACUAUCUACGAAGCGCAAGAGGAGUAUUACGACGAUGAUGAUGAUGAUGAUGAUGACGACGACGACGACGGGCCAUACUGUACGUGCGGCGAGCGUGGAGAUGGGCUUGAUGGUGGAGAUAUGGAUGCAAUGUUAAGAGGUGGAAUGGGUGGGAGAGACGAAGACGAAGAGUUCGUGUAUGAUUAUGGUGGGUACACGAAUUGGGAUAAGAUGGACGCUUCGUCGCAACAGGAGGGUAUGAAUGGAAGCCAGAGUAGUGGUCGCGACAAAGAAAUCAUCCGGGAAUUGCGACAGCAGGUUGAGCUCUUGAAAGAGCAGGUGCGUGCGCUUAUGGAGACCGCGCACCGGGACAGUGUUUCUCGAUCGAGAGACCGCCAAGAGGAGAAAGAGGAUCAACCAAGUCUGCGUGGUGGAAGUGGAGAGGAGGUUGAUCAAAAUGGUAGUCGCGAGCAUGCUGAUACCAGCCACGUCCCUACUCUCACUCCAGCCUCACCACAUUUGCUCUUUCAGCGAGCCGCAACUCGGGUCGGCGAUUCAACCAUCGACUAUAUCCUCGUAUACCUACCUCCAGGCUUCGUCAUUCCCGGAACCAACAAACCCGAGCUUGUUUUCCACAGCGCCGCGACAAUCUACUAUUUCCCAACAGGAGCAACAGAAGAGUUCGUAAAACGAGAAGCCUGGAAGCAGAAGGCUUGUGGAAAUGGACACUGGCAAGAAGUCGCGCUCCACAAGAUACAGUCAAAGCAGGUGUUCAAGAGCGCGAUCGCAAGCUGGUGGGAGACCAUGGGACUAAGCUGGAAUGUCCUGACGGGUGGGGACUGGAACUUUGACGGAGAUGAAGGUGAUAUGUAUAUGGUCAAUGACAACAACCUCUUUCUCACGAAUCGCACAAGAGAAGUAGCCGGCGCGCAAAUCCGGGGCGGAAGUGGCUACGAAACCGACCGAUCGACCGCGAACGAGCGUUCAGCCAACGAUUCUAGCAGUAUUUUUGAGCAGCUCAUGCAAGAGGCCGCGACAUUAUGUGUGGGCCCUCCAACCUCUCAACGUGGAGAUUUUUGGAUGACUCUGGCCAAUGUACUCCAAACACGCAACUGCUUUCUGGAAUGCGAACUCGAGAGCUUCAAGGAGCUAAAUCACAGUCUCAUGCAGGAUCUACAUUGGCAGAUGGACGUGCAAGUGGAGAUGGAGGAGCGGCUGGAUACAGCCCUGGCAGAAAAGGACGCAAUCGCUGAAGAACUGGAGGUUCUCAAGACCCGCUUGAUGAUUUUAGUCGAGAGUACUACAUCUCGUACGGUAUGCACGGAUGAUAAGGAAGACGCCAUUUUGACUGACGAAAUCCCUGUGGAAUCGCCAGGCCUGGGAACGAUGCGAGGCGGUAACGAAGAUCCGUCAUCACCGGCGACAUCUGCGAAGAACACGACUCUACAAGUAUCUCCCUCCGACCCUUCCCAUGCGUGUGUCACUAUCAAAGCGAAAUCUUUCGACUUCUAUCCAAGAAAAUCCAUCAUCGUCUUUGCUGGUGCCUCUCCGCACCUAUACCAGUUUCCUCAUAGGUCGACACUGCCCGAAAUCUGUCGCAUCCUUGAAAUUGACGACGGAGAAGAAUCGCUCACCAACGACCCAUAUAUCGCGCGCGUCUUGGAGAUCAUGAAGAUCCGCGAAGAGAUGGGUAUAGAGUUGCCCGAGAACAUUAGCGAUGAGCGUGUCACUAUCAGCAUAUGCGAUGUUCCGAGUGAUUGUCACUUGGAUCGCGAAACAAAGAUAGCUACAUGGGAGGUGCAUGAGGAAGAUGUGGACGUUCUCGGGAAGCUACUAACGAAGCUUGAUAUCGAUCUAAAAGCAUCCAAGUCGUCUACCAGUACCUCGGUCAGAACCGCAUCGAGCGAAGAAGAGCAAGACUACUACGAAGAUAUUGGUGAUUUGAUCAACUCGCUCAACGACGCAGUCAAAGACCAGUUUGAGACCAGCUCGCCUAAGUUCUGUACGUGUCGGGUACAUCCUGGAAAUGACAGUGAGAGGUUCUCUGAGAUGAAAGAAGUGAAGCAACCAUGUUUGUUAUCCGUUCGUGGCGGUGGUAGCGAUUCUGAGUACUGGAACCAUGAUGCACACGGCAACCGAGUGUUCCCGCUACAAAAUCCCAAGUUGCCUGCUGCACCAGGUGUCCCGCCUAUCACUCCGAAAUCUUAUGGUACGCUGGCACCAAGUACUGAUAGCUUGCUUCCAAACGAGGCCAUCAUCACGGCGAAAAGUCCUUUGAGCAUACGGCUGGGCCGCCUCAUGUUCCCUGCCAAGUUCGUUCAACGGCACGACGACAGCAUCAGCCGCUUUGACUGGCAACAUACUAAGCGACUGAAUCCUCAGUUCAGAGACAAGCGCUCCAUAAGUUACAAGUAUACAAGAGGUGCUCAAUGCGAAGUCUGGGCUAUGCAGCUGGACGAACAUCGAGAGCACUGCGACUAUUGUCAAGCGAUGUUCGUUGAGGAAGACUACGCUAGAAGCAAUGCGACAUCUACGUAUCAAGACGACGCUUCGAAGCCGCCAAUAGAAGCUAGGAGAUCUUCGGAGAACACCAUCUGGCCUGGAAUCAGCAAUGAAACAACCCUCCGUACUGGUGACCACCCAGACUCUGGCUUGAGGGGCGGUGCCGGUCAUGAAAGAGAUCUGGAGCAUGAAGGCGAGGAAAACGAAGACUGGCGAUCCGAGUGGGAAGAUCUAGCUGGUCAAUCUCAAUCCUCGGGUUAUCAGCCUCGCACGUUCCGUAACUCCAGCACGCUUUCCACAAAGACAACGACUUCACCUCCUUCACCCGUUGACCGCAACUUCCGAAAAGAUCGCUGGCCUCAGUCAUGGGAUGUUUGUACCGCCGAAAAGUUCCUAAGGACGGAACAUAGGAAGGUAGAUCGCCGCGAAGUUCGUGCAGCGACUAGCGGCCAGGACAUCACAGACACGAACAUACGCACCCAAAGGUUCUUGCAGAAAGACUUCAGUUCCGAGCCUGAAGCCCAAAACGAAGUUAAAGAAGAGUACUUCCAAACUAGCCUUCCGAACGCCAGCAGCGCCAGCGCCGUCGAGAACGGGCUGGGAAGCCUGGUACAUGAACCGCCGGCUUCCUUACCUACCAUCCGACAAAUCACUUCCGGCCACACCUCGCGCAUCGAUGUCAACUCUGACCAGGACCUCUGA